AUGUUAGCAAUUGGGACCCAGUUUCACACCAUCUUCGCAAUCCUCGCCACAUUUCCUAGCCCGAUUCCCCACAUCUGGCUCUUCUGCCACGUCUCCAUCAUUGUUGCGUACUCGCUUCUGCCUGUCAUCUCAGAUGUCAUCGCCCAAGGUGCUCUCGAGACGAUCUCCGACUGCUGCGGGAUCGACAUUCCUCUCUUCCUUCUCCUCCCGUCACCUGGCUUAAUGGUCGUAUUCUUCUGGUCGUUGGAGGAAUCAUUCUCAACAUCGACGUCAAGACGAUCUACUCUCUCAUACUACACCGGCUCAAACUUCAGCGGAACAACGGUCCUGGUCGACAAGAGAAUCGUGCACCCUGGUCCACACAAAUCACCUAUCUUAGCCGAACGCAAUCUGGAGGUCCUCAUCGCCGGCUUCAAUCUAACGGGAGUCCAGAGAAAUCACCAGGUGUCAGACCUGACCGCAGAGCUAGCCGCCGCCAGACACACUAUCGCCUCCAUGACGGCUAGGACAGCCGCUCUCAGGGAAGAGAAAGACGACGCGCUCACUCGUGCCAACACUCUCGAGAACGCGAAGGAGUCCUGGAAGAUGCGGGAGAAGGCUCUGCUGGCGACCAUCGAAGACCUUGAAGCCUACCCCACGCGUUUUGACGAUAUGCGUCUCCAGGCGAGGCUCCAGGAGACGGAGAGGAUGCUCGCGCACGAGAUCGCGCUGAGGGCGUCGGCCGAGGACGAGUUGACGAGAUAUCGUGACGUCGCACAGGCCCAACUUAGGGAGCUCCGUGCGUCAGAGAAAGAGAAUACGAGAUGUGUCAACGAGCAGGCGAUCGAGAUUGCGAUGCUCAAGGCCCAGCUGCUAGCCAUGCAGCAGUUCAACCUUGCCGCCUUGGGUACGAAACCUCGAAGGACGGUAUCGACGUUUCCCAAAUUCUGGAAGAAGAGACGCGACGUCAAGGUCGACUUGGGGAUAUCCUCCAGUACCUCGAGCCGGACGAUUACCUAUACACUCAAACGAUAG